AUGGCGUCUCCGCAACCAACACAAGGGCAACCUCCGAAGGUCUAUCUUCGCAACGAUGUCUACAGUUCAGCUGUAUCCGAUGCACCCUACACUACACCGUAUGGUAAGACACCCAUAACCUACAGAGCUGGUGAUACCGUCGUCUACAGUCGUCAGCCCGCAACGGUCCCACGUCAGGCCUAUACUCUUGCAGAUUCAGUAGAAGCGCCUUACUACGUCGAUGAAUCCACACUGCGAAGCGGCACAUUCAGCGAGAUAUCGAACGACUCAAUGGGCAGACAUUCGAAGUCUAGCCCGAGAUCGCGUCAGCAUUAUCACCAUCGUUAUCACCACCACCAUCACAGAGGACAGCGUAUAGAAGAUCCCGACGGAUAUUGGAAGGUGCCUCAUGCGAAUAGUCAGGAGAAGUUGCACUCAACCCUGCCGGGACCCUAUGUGACCCCGGGGGGGAGACAGCUCUCCAGGGCACCUAAGCAACACACUGCAGGAGUACAGGUCAUUAACAUUAGCGAGACCAUGGGUGAGAGCCCUGACCAAAGAGCUUCCCACACGGAGUUGACUCAAGAAGUAGAGGAAUAUAUGCAGUCAUUGCAAUAUCUCCCAUCAAGAGACUCGGAGAUGAGUGUGAGUCCCCUCCCUUUGACAGUACUACUAAGAGAUGCGAUAAUCAGACUUUAUUUUAACAGUUGCAUGGUUAAGGACGGAAGCACUUCUAAGUGUGAACUCAAGUCUAAUAAUUUUGACUUGCUUUCGCGGUUGCAGAUCACUUUCCACUACGACCCCAACGCAGACGCAGCGGGCUUCCCAGAGGACACGCUGGUACGCUUGCAGGCGCAGUGUCGGGCCUACCUCGCCAAAAAGCGUUUUAAGAACGCAGCUCUCUACUUCGACCCCUGGUUCCGGCUCUUCCUCGUGCUGAAACCUCACCUCAAGCACUUCCGUCUGGAGGAGGAAAUCAUUCAGUUAAAGCUAGACCAAAUGCGCCCUGACGGUACAAGCAGUGACCUCAUCAGCAAACUCAUAAAGGAGUUGUCGAUGGCGGUCGCGGAUCACCAGAAGCAGUGGCGCUCGAUGGUUGCGGAGCUGCCCUCAAACGAGUUGAAUGGCAUGUCAAGUGGAAUAUCCGCCGUCAUCGGUCAAAGCAAUGCUGACACCGCGAUGGACGCGAUGACAGAGAAAUCGUACAAACUGGCCAAGGAGAAUGCGGAGUUCUAUCGCGAGCAGUUGGAGUUGCUACGGGAGGAUGUGGAGGCACAGAACUCGCGCAUCAGCCAACACUACGAGGAGAAGAUUGGUGUGCUGUCGGAACGGGUGGAACAGCUGCAAAAUAUGCUGACACAGGAGAGCUUCCGCGUGGAACGCCUCAACGGAGAGCUAGAUGCGGCUAACAGCCAAUUGGUAGAAGCGCGAGAGACGGAGGACAACCUUACCGGUAUGGUAGAUAGACUGAAAGCCGAGUUGGAUCGACGUCGCCUCGCCUCCACCAGCGAGCCUGGCACUCCCGGCGAGCCCAUUAUCGUUGCCAACACCGUCAGCAAUGCCUACGCUGCCGCUCCGCUUCCCUCCUCCGUAGAACUGAUUAAUGACAAGCAAGGAGAACGGAUGAACGCCUUGAAAAAACUGGCAGGAAUUCGCAGCUUUCUCACGGAAAACCCGGAGAUCUAUGAAACCUUGAAGGAUACCCCAUUAGGUCAAGGCGGUGAGUAUGAUAUCCUCUCUCCCAACGAUAGACCGGGGAGCAGCUCCCUCGGCUUGGAUGGCACCCUCGACCACUCGAUGAACUCGAUCUACCAUUCACAGUCACACAUUGAGAACUACCACCUGGGUCGAACACAAGAGAUGGAGAGUAGAUAUCAUGCGCUACAGCAAAAGCUGGACGAUGAGAUCGGAUACAGAGAAGACCUAGAAUUAGAGGCGCAGGAGAUGCGCAACAGGAUCUCCAACCUACAGCGUCAGGUACGGCGCCAACGCGACGAACAUGAGGAAGAGUUGGUGGAACGCGAGCAGGCGCAUACUCGACGGGUGCGCGAGCUCGACGACGUGGUAGAAGAACUGACUCGAGAGAAACAGGGUCUCGAAAAGCGUUGUCUCGAUUUGCAGAACAAAGUGGAGGAGCUCCGCCAAAAACCUGAUCUCAGUGAUAGCGAAAACGGCGGUGACGAGCUUCGUGACACGCGUGCCAGAUUGGCUGCUGAAAGUCGUCAGUAUCAGAAGCAGUUGGAUCAAAUAAGGGAGGAAUUUGAACAGUACAAACGCGAGAACAGCACCGAAGAGCUGAAAGAGCAGUUGGUUGAAAAGGAUGAGAAAAUAUCGCAGCUGGAAGUCAGCCAACGUCACACAAGCUCUGAUAUGGAGAUUCUUAACGUCCGAUUGCAAAACGCUAACAAACUUCUUGAUGACUUGCACCUUAUGGAGACAAGUACCAAAGCGGAGGCAGAGAAGCGCGCCUUAGAAAAACGUCUAAGUGACCUCGAAACCUCAGCGAACAAACGAGAGACAGAUCUCAAAGCUGAUCUUGAUGUAUACAAAGAAAAGGUCGAAAAUCUUCAGCAAGAGUUGUCGGAACUGCACAAGGUCGAGUCAGCAACGUCGACGGACAACCGUCAUCUAAAGCGGCGGAUCCGGGAGCUACAGGACAGCGUGGAAACGUACACACAGCGAGUGGCUGAGCUAGAGCGUCGCAAUGCGGACCUGAGUGCGGAGGUGGAGCGAACGCGAGCCAGUCUAAGUGCGAGUCGUGAGGCUGCGGCAAGCUUGCUACGCGAUAGACAGACCCUAGCUAGCGAAGGCUAUGACUUCUCUGCCACUGGUCCAAACACUGACACCGUCGAGUACUCCGACGAUGAAGAGCUCGACGUGUCCAAUGCCAAUGACGAGCUCGUUGCCUCUACUAGAGACCUCGGCCAACGUAGUGCCUUCUACUUUGGUGGCAUUAGCGGUACUCAAACUGUCGAUCGCUAUGGCAGUAGGAGUCGGCAAAGUCAAUCAUCACGCUCCACAUCAGGGUCACACACGUACAAUCGAACCCAGCUAAUGUCCCAUCGCCAAUCCACGCCGGCUCCGACGUCGUCAUCGAAGGAUUUGUCGCCUCUGCUACCCCCUCUUCCGUCCACCAGAACCGAGGAGCCGGGCCAACAGAGCGAAGGAAUUUGCCACUCAGGAAACUAG